UUGGUUUGCAGAAUCGUUGGGCUGAGCAAGCUCAGUGUAGGAAAGUCGAAACCAAAUGAGGAUCCAAAAUGUUUCAACCCUCCAAAACUUCGCGGAAUUUCUCUGCAAAAGAUCACUGGACACGAUGUUUCCUGCUUUGAACCCACCGUUGUGGAAAACGAAUUCAACAACGUGUUGGACUGUCCAGCUCUAGGUGGAGGGGAAGUACACUGGCUAUACAAUAAUGUGGAUCUGGACUUCUCGUCGGCGGAAUCUUAUCAACUGAAAGAGAAUGGAUCUUUGGUUAUUCCAAAAGAGUCCUCUGCCCACGGUUUCUCCUGCACAGCCGACUAUGGAGUCGUCCCACAAAGGACCCUGCGACAAACCCAUAGAUUCACUUUGGGCCAAAGUCCACAAUUUACCUUCAAACCAAGAGAUAGCUCUUAUAGAGAGGGAACCGCUGUAAAACUCCAUUGCGAGGUGACUGGUGAGCCAAAGCCAACUAUUGCAUGGUACCACCAUAGACAGGUAAUUUCUAAAUUUCUAAAAAAAUAUUUGUCAUCCAAAUUUGGCGAAAUUGCACUAGAAAAAUGUGCCAAGUAAAG